GUUAUUCUGCUCACUCUUCUUUCCUCAAUUUCUCUCUCUAGGCGCUUCUUCCGCUUCAGUUCUGGUUAUCACAAUUCUGAAUAAACUGGUAAAAAUGGAUGGAGUAAUAGAUAUCAAUGUGCCACUUGACUAUAUUGAGUUCGAGAUCUUUCCUAGCCGGAAUAGGUACGAGGCAUGUGUAUGCUAUGAUAACAAGAUAGAAAAAGUAACAUCUGGACUUCUAGAGCAUCUGUUACAGCAUUCAGCUGAAGUGAAAAAUUUGCAAUCAAAUGGAUCCAAUGCCAAUCUCAAACUUCAACCGCCUGAAAAUUUUUCUGACACCAAAUGGUUUACGAAAUCAACCUUGAUAAGAUUUCUGCAUAUCAUUGGUUUAUCAAAGAUACUUAAUAUCACCAAUACCGUGAAGAAUGAAAUUUCUCAGCUGGAAGAAGUUCAUAGAUUUCAGCUUUCUUUAUAUGCAAAGGGUACUCAAAAUCAGCACAAGAAUGGUGAAUCAGACGACAGCUACUCUAAUGGCACGGCAUCAAUUCAAAAAGUGUUUCAACAGACUGAAGACAAUGCUGAAUCGUCAGAUGCUUCCAAGGAUGAAUUGCUGCGAGCAAUGGAAUUGAGGAUAGCUGCAUUGAGAGGAGAAUUGGUUGCUGCUUUCGAUCAAGCUGCUGGUUUUAGAUAUUCUGUUGAGGAGAUAUCUGACAUAGAGAAGUUUUCCCAUCAUUUUGGAUCAUUAGACUUGAGGGAUUCGUUGCACAAGUAUGUUGAAUUGAGAGAAGGAAAUCAGGCUGUUGAUACGUCUGCUGAUAAACAGAAUACAGUGAAUAAUGAAGUCAGUGGAAAAGAAGUGAAAAAUCAUAUCAAAUCAUCUUAUUUGGAUACACCAGUGAAGUAUGGCGUUUCUCCUGCAAAAGCUGCACAGAUUGAGAGGCAAAGUUCAUCAGAAAGUGAGGAUUCAUCUUUCUCUAGUGAGGAAGACCAACCAUCUGUGGAAAGAAGUCGGACUCUUAUAAGAUCUGCUUCACCUAGGAGGUCAGCAUCUCCAAUGCGAAGGGUACAAAUUGGACGAUCUGGAUCCCGGAGGUCUACUGCAUUAACUAUUAAGUCUCUGAAUUAUUUCCCAGCUAGAGAGAGGUCAGUUUUGCCUAAAGAUCCAGAUGCAGAUAAUACUGAUGAAGAAGCGAAUGAGGAAGCUCCUAAAAAAUCUGAGAAUAAUGUACGGAGAAUGAGUGUGCAAGACGCAAUCAGUCUUUUUGAAAGCAAACAGAAAGAUCAAACAACGGAUAUUCAGAAGGCGAGGGCUUUGUUAAGUGCUUCUGUUGGUGCAAAUAAAUCUGUACUGAGAAGAUGGAGUAGUACAGUGGGUGAAAAUUCUCAGGGUUCCCCAGAUAUGGAUUCUGAAGAUGCAUCUCCCAGUGUUCCUAAUAAUUUGGGAAAUAAGGAAAUCAGUCAUAGUUCACCAGAAACCAAGCCCAAGCCUGUUGAGCAUUGUGAAGUAGAUUUCACAGUGAAUUCACCUGAAAAAGGAGCAUGCAUUGCACCGGGUGUGCAAGAAGAGUCUCUUUCAUCACAAUUGAUGGAGGCUAGUGAAAAAUUAUCUGCCUCAGCUGAAUGGAGUCGUCAAAAGGAAGCAGAACUGAAUCAGUUGCUGAUGAAGAUGAUGGAAACUAAGCCUGUAAAAUAUCAGAAUGCGGUGCCUGACAAAAGCAAAUCUGAGAAGUUGCCCAGUGAGCAGAGAGGUGGUCAGUACAAUCAUUACAAGGAGAAGAGAGAAGAAAAACUUCAAGGAGAAACUGCCAGAAAGCGAGUUGAGAAAGGAAAACAAUUCAGUGCAAAGCAACAUACUCCUGAUUCAAGAAAGGCUGAAAUGGCCUCUCCAAUUGUAAGUCAGGCUAGUAAAUGCAAUAAUGUCAAGAAAGUCCAAAAAUCACAAAAGAAUAUAUCUAAAUCUGCAUUUCCUAAGUCAGAAAGCACAAAUACUGGUGUUGUGAAGAAAACUGUCUCAAAAUCAUCGUCUUUGCCUGCCACACGUAAGUCAUGGCCAACAGCACCAUCGCCAAGAGCUCCUGGGGCUAAAAUCUCUCCAGGAACAACUUCCACUGGCACCACACCAACGAGUAGAAGAUCACAGCCAGCAUCACCAGUUUCGCGAUCUACUCCUAAAGUGGAAACAUCACAACCCAAAUCUAAGCCUGUAAGACCUAAUCAGAAUGACAAUAAGAAGAGUGAUAGAAGUGUGCCUGACAAGAAGCAGCAGGCACUGAUGAAAACAAACAGAACACCCAAAAACAAAGUUAAAUCUGCCACUGAAGAUCCUAUUUCCUCUGCAAAACCUAGCUCAUAUAGCAAGGUUACCAAGAAGAGCAGUGUGGUUCCACUGGAAUCAAAGCCUUUUCUCCGCAAAGGCUCUGGAACUAUAUCCAGUGCUAAUCCAGCUGGAAAGACAAAAACAUCCAAUCAGUCUAAGGAAUCAUUGAGGAACUCUGCAGAUCCAAUUGCAGCUGGGGAAAAGGAAAUGAUUUUUAAUUCUUCCAAUGCAGUAAUUAAGCAGCAAGAGGUGGAAAGUGAACAGUUGAAUGUUCUUGCAGCUAUGGAAUCUGAAACCCCGGCUAAGAGCCCACAUAAGUGUGAAGACACCGAGAGCUGUACUGAUGUUACACCUGCUAGUGAUAAUAAUAGCUUUGAAAGGAUGGCAGAGCCUGAAAUAAAAUCAGAGGUUGAAGAAGAAUCAAUGAUAUCCCCUACAGCUUGGGUGAAAAUGGAAGAGCUAGAUGAUCAGCCCAUUACCUCUGGUGACAGUAUUUGCCAAAUCGAAUCCCCGGUCUAUAUAGCACCAAUUAGAGCAUCAAGUCCACGUGUUCGUCAUUCUCUGUCACAAAUGCUGCUUGAAGAGAGCAGUGAACCCGAUAUCUCUGACUGGGGCAAUGCCGAAAACCCUCCAGCAAUGGUCUACCAUAAAGAUGUGCCCAAAGGAUUGAAGAGGCUGUUAAAGUUUGCUCGGAAGGGCAAGACUGAUGCAAAUUCAACUGGUUGGUCUAGUCCAUCUGUCUUUUCUGAAGGAGAGGAUGAGUCCGAGGAUUCCAAAUUUCCCAGCAAGAGAAGUGCUGAAAAUCUCCUGAAGAAGGCUACCCUUCACUCAAAGAACAUUGGGCAUCAAAAGGCUUCUUACGAAAACCAUGAGAUACCUUCCGUGGAUUAUGUAAAUCUUGUUCAAUCAAAUAAAAGCAAAUACAGUGCUCCAAGCUGGUCUCAACAGUUGCAGGAAGGCCACGUCUCAGCAUCUGCGACGACAACAAAAGCAACUAGGUCAUUCUUUUCUCUUUCAGCGUUUAAGGGAAGCAAAUAGAAAAGGGAGCUUAAACAACUAAUUUAUACGAAAUCUGGAUAGUGGCUGACUAUUUGGAUUAAUCUAGUGCUGCUUUUGUUUUGGCCUUUGUGCACUCUCUGGAUGCUGUUGUUGGAAAUUCACGGGAUUAUCCUGCACGCUGUGAUGAAAUUGUAUUUGUAGGUUUAGUAUUUAACCGUAAAGAGUACUUCCAAUGCACAAAUUUGUUAUUCUGUGUGAUAGAUAAAGAUGUAGAUUCAGCAAUUUCUGUAGCUCAUAAAUCACAGCAAAUUUGCGUUACAUCUCUGAGUUGAUUUUUUAUUGUAUUUUUUUUUCCUUUUAAAUUUCUAUGGUUACCCUUUUCUUUUA